AUGAAAUUCAUAGUCAAAGAGAAUAACUACUCGUGUAUUGUAAUGAGCAAAGAGUUUGAGACACUUUCGCAGCCAUUGAUGGUUGAGAUCAUCAGAAGGAAACAGACGCCAACCGUCCGCACGUUUGGCAGUAAUUUGGAUACAAAGCAGUCGAUGAAUACAAACACCGCUAACAUUAUCCGCGAUAAGACUAACUCGAAGAACAGUUCCAACACUUUUGGCACCACUUUAGAGCAGGAUAUGGAGCUAUUCCUCACCACUUCUGGCAAAGAGUUUUGCGACAUAACACUGAUUGUCGGAUCGCACCCAUUGAUGGCCCACAAGAGCGUACUGGCCGCCCGUUCCCAAUACUUCGAGGGUAUGUUCCGAUCGCUGCCCCCGCAGAACAACACAGUGACCAUCACUAUCGGAGAAAUGGUUCCAUCGGUUCAGUCGUUUGAGACACUAUUG